AUGAAGUGGAUGAUCCUCGACGUUACCAUUGGGGAGAGGGACAAGCUCAUCGACCUGGCCUGCGACACCGACGACGCCAAGGUCUACUGCGUCACCUUGUUGGGAGACGUGCACGUGCUCCGCAUCCCCCAGCGACAGCGACGGAGGCCCAUCGUUGAACCCUUGCUGGCCGAGCGCGCUGGCCUCCCGUUCGACCCCGCCGCCGCCUACGCCCCGCCCUACGACACCGCGUCCAAGUUCACAAACGUCAAGAAUAUCUUCUUCUUCGGCGGUAACUUGUACGAAGUGUGGCGGAACGCCACCAGCGCCCGCUCUUGGCUGACGCCGGCCGGUGGCCGGUUCGUCAUGUUGAAAGACGACAUCUUCGUCCUCAAGUACAACCCCGAGCGCCGGCCAUGCUGGGACGCGGUGACGGACCUGGGAGGCUACUCGGUGUUCGUCGGCAAGAACCUUCCCGUGGUGCUGCUACCAAAGGAUGCGCCAGGCGUGACGGCCAACUGCGUGUACUGGAUCAAUGAGCAAUCGAGGAAUGAGCCCAUGGUGUUCGACAUGGUCACCAGGACCUCGACACUUCACCCUUCCGCCGCCAAAGCAUUGUCUCCCUCGUGCAAACCAGUCUGCUGCUGGUACUUCUUGGAUGACAAGAUUACAGAGGUCCAAGACAAUAAUGGAAGAAAACGACGUCUAAGUAUAGAUCAUUGCGAGCAGGUCUCCAAGAGUAGUCGGAAAGCACGCUAG